AUGGCACCCUCGGUGCAGCAGCUCUACCCCAGUGCAUGCCACCGGGAUAGGCGACUCCCCCUGACUCUGCGGAAGGAGUUUACUGCCUUUGUUCUGGGAGCGGCAAUGCCUCACUUUUAUGGGGGCAAAGUGUUUACUCAGCACCCCCUAACUUUGCAGAAGAUGGGGUUUGACAUGUUCUCCAUCUUGCCACCUGUGGUGGCUCUCGGGGACGUUCCGGACGGGACGCUGGUCACCGUGAUGGCCGGCAACGACGAGAACUACUCAGCCGAACUGAGAAACGCCACCGCGGCCAUGAAGAACCAAGUCGCGAGAUUCAAUGACCUCAGGUUUGUCGGCCGGAGUGGAAGAGGGAAGAGCUUCACGCUGACCAUCACCGUCUUCACAAACCCGCCGCAGGUCGCCACUUACCACCGCGCCAUCAAGAUCACCGUGGACGGCCCCCGGGAACCUCGAAAGAAAGUUAAGUUUUUCCAGCUUUAUUGGGACGUCAGCGACAUGGUGUGUAAGUUUAAAGUCUCCGAAAGGAUCCGCCUACACGUUUAUGCUGUGACAUGCUUAUCACAGGAGGUCGGCCAGCACACCAUCGCCUCACACAGCUCAUCCUUGAGCCACUCCACUGCCUUUAACCCUCAGCCUCAGAGUCAGAUGCAGGACACCAGGCAGAUCCAGCCCUCCCCGCCCUGGUCCUACGACCAGUCCUACCAGUACCUGGGCUCGAUCGCCUCUCCCUCCGUGCACCCAGCGACGCCCAUCUCGCCGGGCCGGGCCAGCGGCAUGACGACCCUCUCCGCGGAGAUUUCCAGCCGGCUCUCAACGGCCCCCGAGCUGACGGCCUUCGGCGACCCGCGCCAGCAGCACCUGAGGAUGAAAGUCUUGCGCAUGCAGAGCAGGGUCCUGUGUUACUGGAAAUCCCAGAGUGGGCGCCGGCAUCCUCGCCUCAGUGACCCCGAGAGGGUCCUGCACACUUCACGCUGGUGCGAGAUCUCCUUGGACUCUGUGGACAGACCUGUCACAGGACAAGCGAUGCCUGUGGUCGCCAUGGAAGCGGGGAGGAAGAGUGAGGGGCAGCUGCUGGAACCACCACAGACCUGCAUUCCUGGCCUGUGA